CCCGACGCUACUGUUCUUAUUCAUUCAGUCUCCUCUCCACAAUGUUGACCGAAGCAGGAUGCCAGAGCUCUCACAGCCCUAACUUGACAGAAACAUGGCCGGUGAUGUCUGGCUGCCGGUGUCACCAAACCGUGGAUGACCGUGUAAGCCAAUUGGCCCGCCAUGAUGUUGAGUGGGGCUCCCGACAGGCGAAAUUGUUCGACUCAUUGGUCGUCCAAUGACUGAGUCUCUGGCGAUCAUAAGUUCAUCUCAUACGAUGCUGCUCGUCCUUCCCAGGUUUCCAUGAACACCAGCCUCCGCCGCUUGUUUUUGGUUCCUGCACUCGCCCGAAGAACCAGAUUCUUGAGCCCAAGAAGAAUGUCGCUUCACCCAACCCAAGACGGCGCUAAGCUGAUUUUCGCCCCCGCGGGCACAUCUAGGCAUCUCGAGAUUCCUACCGGUCCCAGCCACGUAGAUGCAGGACAAUUUCUCAAAACGGAGCAUCGUGGUGGCCUGAAACGAAGCGACCUAAACCCAGAGGAUCCCAUUGCCCAGUUCCACGCCUGGUUCAAUGAAGCGUCCGAGCCGGGUUCCGGGGUCUCGCAUCCGGAGACUUGCACACUGUCCACGGCGCAGUUACCGUCUGGCCGUGUCUCGGCACGCGUGGUGUACAUGAAGGAGCUAGACGCCAAGGGGUUCGUCAUCUACAGCAACUUUGGCACCAGCGGCAAAGCGAGGGACUUGUUUGGCACCGAGGACGGAUCGAGCACGGGCAACCCGUGGGCGUCGCUGGUCUUCUGGUGGGAAUCGUUGGAGCGGCAGGUCAGGGUCGAAGGGAAGGCCUCAAGGAUUCCGGCUGCUGAGAGCCAGGCGUACUUCGACACCCGUGUUCGCGGAAGCAGGAUUGGGGCGUGGUCGAGUCGGCAGAGCGCCGUGUUGCGGCCUGACACGAGUAUCGACGGUGACGACGGCCGGGCGACGUUAGAUCGCUGGGUGAAGGAAACCGAGGCCAUGUUCGAAGGCGCCGAGCAGAUCCCAGUACCUGACUUCUGGGGCGGCCUCAGAAUCGUGCCGGAGCGUAUAGAGUUCUGGCAAGGUCGGCAGAACCGGUUGCAUGAUCGAUUUGUGUAUGAUCGUGUGGAUGGGGAAGAUGGAGCUGGCAAAUGGUCGCUGGAGAGGUUGAGUCCAUGAUUUGGCCUUCAUCAAAGCUCUUACAGAUUCUGGAAGAACAAAAGACCAUCCCCAUAGCCACUGAGUCCGGUGCCCGAGUGACGGGGUACAGAAUUGCAUCAAGCAGCCCGAGACUCUGCUCAGGUUCGGAUGUUCUCCCUUUUCCUCACUCACCCCUCGAGGUUCUUUACUCGAACUCUUUGCAUUCUCCGCCAAUCCGCAGCAUGACCCAAAGCUCUGAAACGCUCAAUGUGAAUCUCUUGCAACUAAACAGCAACAGGGCAUGCGCGUAAAGUCACCUCCCAACUUUGCUGAUCUCUUCAUUUCCAACUGAC